AUGUUCAGGCAGAUAAAGGUGGCAAAGGAGGAUUGGAGGUUGCAAAAGGUUCUCUGGAGAUCAAGUCCUGAAGAAGAGCUGAGAGAGUAUUAUCUCACUACAAUUACAUACGGAACCACACCAGCAUCCUUUUUAGCUAUCUACUGCCUUGUUACUCUAGGUAAGUCGGCUGAACAAUCACACCCAACAGCAGCGAAGGCGAUUAUUGAGGACUUCUACAUGGAUGAUAUAAUGACGGGCGCAGAGACUGAAGACGAAUGUUGUCAGCUACAAAAGGAUAUCAGUAUGAUCAUGGAUUCUGCUAGGUUACCUUUAAGAAAGUGGUGCUCAAAUUUUGAAUUUGUCCGGCAGAAAUUAUCAGAGCAUGGAGAAUCACCGUUAUUUGCAUUGGAAAUUGGAGAUCAGGACCUAGUAAAGUUGUUGGGACUACAGUGGCAGCCAGUUGCGGAUGAAUUUCAAUUCAAAAUUAUGCCGAGAGAAAAGAAGGGACACUUGACCAAGAGGAUAAUAUUAGCAGAGCUAAACCGAAUAUUUGAUCCGCUUGACGCAAAGCUGCCAAAUGAAAUUCAUGAAAAAUGGAGGCAAUUCUACGAAGAGCUUGAGGAGCUAGAAACCAUACGAAUACCAAGAAAGGCAAGACCUGAAAUUAGUGACUUAACGGAGAUUCAUGGAUUUUGCGAUGCUUCAGAAGAAGCAUUUGGAGCCAGCGUUUAUGUACGCUCGCGAGAUAAUAAGGGAAACUGGCAUUCCAGAUUGUUGUGUUCAAAGACGCGAGUAGCGCCCUCAAAAAAUAUCACAAUACCGCGGCUUGUACUUAACGGCGCAUUGCUACUAGCACAGUUGGCUCAAAAAGUAUCACAGUCAUGGGAAUUUCCCCUUAAGUCCUUCAAGUUGUGGACUGACUCAAAAAUUGUGUUAGGCUGGCUGAACAGCCAAAGCAUUCGUUUAAAAACUUACGUAUCAAAUCGAGUAACGCAAAUUUUGGAUCUGUGUGAACCAACGCAAUGGAAUUAUGUAAGGUCAGAGGAAAAUCCAGCUGAUAUAUGUUCAAGAGGUUUAAGACCACGGCAGAUGCAAGGAGCAGUCUUAUGGUGGAAUGGUCCUGAGCAGCGAACUCCUCAGUUGGUGUUAAGCACCAUUGAUGAAUCGAGGGACCUAGUAAGUAGAUAUUCAGACUGGCACAGGCUAACGCGUGCCAUUGCUUGGCUGAGACGGUUUGUGGAGUAUCUGCAAUCUAAGAGAAAAUGGUCUGGAAGUCAUCAGCUGACAGUCCAAGAACUACACGAAACGAAGGAAGUAUUAAUAAAAAGAGCACAAGCAGAAGUAUUCGGAAAAGAGAUGAUAGCGUUGAAGAAUGGCAUGGAGAUACCGCCCAAAAGCAGACUCAGAUCGCUAUGCCCGUUUAUUGAAAACGAACUGAUAUUAGUAGGUGGACGCUUACAAAACGCAACUGUGUCAAAGGAGCAAAAAAAUCCAAUAGUUCUACCACCUGAUCAUGUAAUCACAAGAUUAAUAUACAAGGAAUGCCAUCAUAAAAUGCUGCAUUGUGGUCCGCAGGCGCUCCUAGCAGAAGUCAGAAGAACAUAUUGGCCAACACGAGGCAGAGCCAUUGCACGCUCAGUCUUUCGAUAG